AACAUCCUUGUUCCAUGUCUAGCAACAUAACCAAACAUUGUACAUACAGACGUUCCUAACUUAUUUCUGCAUAACCUCCGUGUUCCAUGUUCGGCAACAUAACCAAACUCCUGUCCCUUAUUAUUACCGGGGCUGGAAUUGACAUGAAUUCCAAGCAAAGUGAUGUGUCUCAACGUAAUUAUUAUUAAGAGAGACAUUUUAAUUUGUGGUUCUUGCAUCUUUUCAUAAGUAUAAUUCGCUGAAAAGCCAGGAAAGGCAAACAUACGAAAUUACACAUACUCUGCAAGGAGAACUGAUGGUAAAUUAAAUGGCCCAAACCAUAAAAUGGGAAGUCAUGUCAAGGAAAAGGAGAUCACCAGUUUUGAUGUAAAGGAAUUAGAAGAACAAAUUGCAAUUCCUCUGAAGCAGAUGAUACAAGAAGAUGAAGCUGAGGAACAGAACUACAUAGGAGAAGCUGUUACUCGCCUCACUGGAAAUGUUCGGGCAUGUUAUUUAAACCACUUGGAGAAAAUUCUCAUGAAAAAUUAUGAGGUGUGCUGUGAGGACUGCAGUGAAUGGCCUCUUAACCAGGAAGAUGUAAUAAAGUGUGCUAUCCAGAUGGAACGAAAGGCAUUACGAUCAUGCAUGGUGGUUAUCUUAUAUCAGAGAGCUAUGACACGAUUGGCCACUGACAUCAAGAAGCACACAGAACAACUAAAGCUGUAUAGGCAACUAAAAGACUGUAUCACCAGUGACUCUGUGUUGUCUGACAAAACAACACAGACAGGUGCACAUAUUGGCUACACAGACAAAGCAACCCAGAUUGAUAUGGUAACUACAGGCCUGCAGCAUGCUGCUGUAGAAUCCCAUAACUUAGAGACUGAAACAAAACCAGAAGCUUCACCAUUUAGCCUAACUGAUCAAUGUUUUCAGCCCUCAACUGUCAAAAUGGAGCCCUCCGUGCCAGAGGCAGUUAACAAGGAACCAAUACAGGGUAUACCAAUUCCUGUGUAUGUGUCAGGAAUGAGUACCACAUCAGUUAGAAGUACAGAAUAUUUUACAGUUAAUGGUAUAGAACAUAUACCAUAUUAUGAAAUGAAUCAAGAAUUUGUGCCAAAUAUUAACACAGACAGUUUGUUUCACUACUCAAUAAUAAGUAAUGAAAUACCAACUCCAGUUAACCAUAAUGGAGGUUUAACUGAAACAUUUUCAUCAGAGCAAAACAGAAAUGAAAAGGAGCCAUAUGAAUGGUCGAUUAUUGAAAAACAAACCCGAAUGAAUGCAAGAAGAAAUGCUGCACCUACUAAAACUGUUGUGAGUAAGAGAAAGUCGAGUAAUGUGCAACAACAUGAAAACUUUUCUGAUGGAACACUGUAUGACAAUACAGUAAAUGACUUGGAUUUGGAAGAAUGCCCACGUAUGAGCAUUGAUGACAGAAUUUCAUCUGUGCUUAGGAGAGAAGCAUAUCACUUUUCAAAAGGUGAACAGUUACAUGAUAAAAUUAUUACAAAAGAUGACAGAGAGCCUAGUGCAUGGACAGUUGAGAAAUGUCACCAGCAAAAAUUAUUACAUGCUAAGAUAUUUGAGACCUGCUUUGAUGUGCGUAAGAGAGGAAGGAUGAGACUUAGAUUCUUAGAACUGUUUAGUAGUGACAGUGACGAUUGUUUUGAUGUAGAUGAACAUGUAACAAACUUUAAAGACAGGAUUGCACGUUGGGUUGUUGAAAGCCUUAUGCCCUACUACAGGGAAGGUCGAAUACUAUCACGCCCUCUUUUCAAGUUCCUUGCACGACAUAUUGCUGAUACACUUCUCCUCAAGAACCAUGUACCAGAUGAAGCAGAUGUUGAGCAGUGUGUCAUCGAUUUCUUCAGCCAUCAUGAUGUGAUAAAGAAUGAAGAUGAUGUAAAGCUUUAGUGAUUGUGUCAUUUAUAUGGAACAAGAGUACACAUCUGUGAAGAAAAGUUGUAAUAAUACAAGUAUUUUAAGAGUUACAGAAUUGGUCUUGUGGGCUGUGAAGACAUGUAGUCUUGUAAGUGGUUACCAACAUUUCAGAGGAAUGUAUUGCCUCCAUCUAUGAAAUUACAUAACAUCACAGCCCAGAAGACCACAACUGACAUUACUGUUCUGAGAAUAUCAUAUCUGAAAUUGAGAUUGUAAUUAUAAUUCACAAUUACAGGCAAUGAAAUUAAAUUCAUCACAAUAUUAGAGAAAUAAAUUAUUAUAUAUUAACUAAAAUGAGAACCUAUAAUAGACAUUUUGUAAUGUAAAAUCAGUUGUAUUCAGUACAGUGACAGAAUACAAAGAGAAAGACAUCCCAAACUAUUAAAAAAUUACAAUCCACAUGGAUUAAAGAACUGAGGAUGAUGACCUUUAAAGGGACAUAGGAUGAAUGAGCCAGAAUGGGUCAGCAAGUGGCCAAACUCCUUUCACUGCUAGAUGAUGAAUGGGGUAUGGAGUCCAGAAACAUAGAACGAUCUCAUUAUUAAUGGUUAGUUCUCUACUUGAUCCCAUCUAUCUGUGAUAAUUUAGGACUCUGUUUCAUUUAAAAAAGCUAAUCACUUAUUUAUUAUAGAAUGGAUGUAACUUUAAAAGUCCUUCCCUACAUUUACCUCAGAGGUAUUCUGAAUGUUUAGUUGUACUGAAAUGUGUGUAUAUAUAUAUUUUUUCCCCUCCCCCCAAGAGAUCUGAUAUUUGUACUUGAGUGCCUUAAUAUAAAACUAUUAACACAAAAUUACUAGGCAUUAUGUUUACAUUUUGUCUUGGAAUAAAAUCGGUGACAUGCAAA